AAAUGAAUUCCACUGUUUUAGAUCUCUUUGCUUAAAUUAAAGCAUUGUAUCCCUGUAAAUAAAUAAUCUAUUGUAGAGUAAAAUUAAGAAGAAUUUCAUCAAAGAUUUAAAGGUGAUGAAGAAUUUAAAAAAAUUGUCAAACAAAAUAAAAUUUCAAAGAGUUAGCUAGAUAAUUAAGAAGACAAAGUUGCUUUAAUCACUAAAUUAAAAAAAAUAAUUAAUGAGACUAAAACAGCACAUAAAGAUGCAUUAUUAGCUUCAAAGAAAUUCUAAAUGGCUUCUUAAGAAAAAGAAAAAGGUAAUUGUAAAAAUCUAAUCAAAAGUUUUAAAUGAAAAUUAAAAAUUGAAAAAUCAAAUUAAAACAUUAGAUAAUUUUAGAAAUACAUAAACAAAUAAAUUAGCUGAAUAUCAAGACUAAUACAAUAAAGUAGUUGAGGAAGAAAAAUAAAAGAAAACAGAAUUAGUAGAAGGAUUCUAAUAGGAAAUUAAAGAUAUCUAAACUAAAAUGGAAGAAGUUUCUAAUGCUAAACAUAAAGGUUAGGUUGAGAAUGAAGCAUUAAAUGAAAAAAUGAAAGAAAUUAAAGAACAUGUUGAAAAGAGAGAUAAAAUCUUUGAUGAUGAAUUAAAUAAACUUGGUAAAAUAAAAAUAAUAUUUCCCUAAAGAGUCAUAAAGAAAAGAAAGAGAAACCAAAAUAUUUGAAUAAAUCACAAAUAUCAGUUAAUCUCUAGGUACAAGUGAGAAUGCAGAGGAUCAAUUAUAGAAAAUAAAAGAAGAAGAAGCUUUAGUAGAUGCUCAUUUGAAUCCACAUCUAUAAAAAGCAGAAGAAUUCUAAUAAAUUAUUGAAAAGACAAAUUCAUAAUUUAAUUUAUACAAAAAUGAAACAGAAAAAGUAAUUUCCAUUUUUUAUUUAGCUUGCAUAAUAAUGUAGAACAUUCGAAUAGAAAUCUUAAGCUUGUUAAAGGAAAUGUGAAAAGUCAGAUAUUUAUAUAGUUGAAUAAGCAAAAGAGGUAAUAAAUCAACUUAUUUUCAUAGCAUCAAACACUCUAAGCUUAAUUAAAAUAAAAAUAAGAGUAAAUUAAUUCAUUAUUAACACUAAAGUAAACAUUAUAAAGUGGUUUAUUAUGAGUCAUAUUUAAUG